AUGUCCCGGCUGUCAAAUGGCGGCCCUGUGUCUAGUUCUCUACUACUGAAGUCAAUAAACACGGCACAGACUGACCCAGGUACCAGCUUCCUCAGGGCUGCCAGAGCCGGACAGUUGGACAAAAUCCUUCAACUCAUCGAACAAGGUGUUGACAUCAACACUUGCAAUGCUAAUGGACUCAAUGCCCUCCACCUCGCUGCGAAGGACGGCCACGUAGAAAUAGUUCAGGAACUACUGACAAGAGGAUGCAACGUAGACGCAGCCACCAAGAAGGGAAAUACAGCUUUGCACAUUGCUGCAUUAGCUGGUCAGGAGGAGGUUGCAAGGCUCCUUGUCGAGAAAGGUACAAAUGUCAACGUACAAUCACUGAAUGGAUUCACGCCUCUUUACAUGGCCGCCCAAGAAAACCAUGACGCUGUUGUUAGAUUUCUUCUCAACAAAGGUGCUAACCAAGGACUAGCAACUGAGGAUGGCUUCACACCGCUUGCUGUGGCAAUGCAGCAAGGUCACGACAAGGUUGUUGCAGUUUUGCUCGAAAACGACACGAGAGGGAAGGUUAGGCUUCCUGCUUUGCAUAUAGCUGCAAAGAAAGACGACUGUAAAGCUGCUACACUUUUACUUCAGAACGAUCACAAUCCUGAUGUUACUUCUAAAAGUGGUUUCACGCCCCUCCAUAUCGCUGCCCAUUAUGGAAACCAAAAUAUUGCAAAUUUACUUCAUCAGAAAGGAGCAGAUGUUAAUUUUGCUGCUAAGCAUAACAUCACCCCACUUCAUGUAGCUUGCAAGUGGGGCAAGAUGGGUAUGGUCUCACUUCUGCUUGACAAAGGGGCAAACAUCGAAGCGAAGACCCGUGACGGGCUCACUCCACUUCACUGUGCUGCUCGAUCUGGUCACCACGAGGUAGUCGAUCAUCUAGUUGAACAUAGAGCUCCGCUCACUUCAAAAACAAAGAACGGGCUAUCAGCACUGCAUAUGGCGGCACAAGGUGAUCAUGUAGACGCAGCACGGAUAUUACUUUAUCACGGUGCACCCGUGGAUGACAUCACUGUUGAUUAUCUUACUGCAUUGCACGUAGCAGCACAUUGCGGUCAUGUUCCAGUUGCUAGGCUGCUUUUAGACCGAAAAGCUGACCCUAAUGCCAGAGCACUUAAUGGAUUCACACCACUUCACAUUGCUUGCAAAAAGAACAGAAUAAAAGUUGUCGAACUUCUACUUAAAUAUGGUGCUUCAAUUGAAUCAACAACAGAGAAGGGUGCAUCACCUGACGCUGCCACUGUCAGAGGUGAAACGCCUCUCCACCUUGCGGCUAGAGCAAACCAAGCCGAUAUAGUGCGCGUCCUUCUGAGAUACAAUGCAACAGUUGAUGCUAAAGCAAGGGAAGAGCAGACUCCACUUCAUGUAGCAAGCAGAUUAGGUAACGCAGAUAUUGCCAUGCUGUUGCUUCAACACGGUGCUUCUCCUCAAGCAACUACUAGAGACCUCUAUACUCCACUUCAUAUAGCUGCUAAAGAAGGUCAAGAAGAGGUAGCAUCAGUUCUUCUAGAAAAUGGUACUUCCUUAGAUGCAACCACUAAAAAAGGCUUUACACCCCUUCAUUUAGCCGCUAAGUAUGGUAACCUUAAAGUGGCCAAACUUCUUCUUCAAAGAGAAGCACCAGUAGAUGCACAAGGCAAAAAUGGUGUGACUCCCUUACACGUUGCUAGUCAUUACGAUAAUCAAAAUGUAGCUCUUUUACUUUUGGAAAAUGGUGCUUCUCCUCAUGCAACAGCAAAGAAUGGUCAUACUCCCCUUCACAUUGCUGCUAAAAAGAAUCAAAUGGAUAUAGCAACAACUCUUCUGGAGUAUGGUGCGAAGGCAAAUGCGGAAUCAAAAGCUGGUUUUACUCCAUUGCACCUCGCUGCUCAAGAAGGCCAUUCAGACAUGGCUACAUUAUUGAUUCAACACCAGGCUGAUGUUAAUCAUCAUUCAAAGAAUGGGCUCACUCCUCUUCAUCUUUGUGCUCAAGAAGAUAAAGUACAAGUUGCAGCUAUUUUAGGAAAGAAUAAUGCAGAAAUUGAUUCAGUUACUAAGGCAGGAUACACUCCCCUCCACACUGCUUGUCACUUUGGACAAGUGAGCAUGGUACGUUGGCUGCUUGAACAAGGUGCUAACGUUGAGAGCUCGACAAUCCUCGGUUACACGCCUCUUCAUCAGGCCGCUCAACAGGGACAUUGCUUGGUCAUCACUCUGCUUCUGCGUGCCAGGGCCAAGCCUGAUGCUGUUACCAACCAAGGGCUUACUCCUCUUGCAAUAGCCAAUAAACUUGGUUAUAUAACUGUUGUCGAAACACUUAAAGUUGUUACUGAGACAACUAUUACAACCACGACAACUGUCACUGUCGAGGAGAAAUAUCGAGUCGUCGCUCCUGAAGCCAUGCAAGAAACAUUCAUGUCGGACUCAGAAGAUGACGGAGGUGGGGAUGAUAUGGUCGCAGUAACGAUGAAUGACUAUGGGAAACCUACCCAUGCUCAGCAUGUCUACCUUCCCUACUACCAAGGGCAAAUGUUAUAUACUCGGGAAGAUCCUAUGCUUAGUGACCAGCAACAAUAUCGUUAUAUGACUGUCGACGAUAUGAAGUCCCUCGGAGAUGAUUCAGUUAAAAUUGAUGUUACUCGGGACGAAAAUGACCAUAACAGGGAUUCAUUCAUUCCAGUCGGAGAACCUAUGGCCUUUCAGAAGAAAGAGAACCUCUUGAACAGUUCCCAGCCGGACAAUGUGGAAAUAGUUCAGACACCGGUUCAUGUUGGUUUCCUGGUAAGCUUUUUGGUGGAUGCCCGAGGAGGAGCGAUGCGUGGCUGCAGGAGGUCCGGCUUGAACGUAGUGGUACCGCCGAGAGCUGCUCCUGCUCCUUUAAGGCUCACCUGUCGUUACUUGAGAAGUCGAGGUGCGAUCUCUCCACCACUGUCUGAAGCCCAGGCCCUCGCAUCUAGACUAAUUGAGCUGUCACCAGCUGGUACCAAGUUCUUGGGGCCAAUCAUCAUUGAAGUCCCCCAUUUCGUGUCGCUAAGAGGAAAAGAGAGGGAGCUUAUAGUCAUGAGGAGCGACAAUGGAACGACCUGGAAAGAACACUGCUUAGAAGAAAGCCAGAAUGCUGUUCAAGAUAUUCUUAACCACAGUUUUCAAGCAGAUGAUGACAGCCAGCGUAUCGCACGGAUAGUUACCACCGAACUUCCCCAAUAUUUGGCCGUUGUGUCUCGACUCAGGCAGGAAGUACAUGUGAUUGGUCCCGAAGGAGGAGUGGUCUCGUCAUCCGCCGUUCCUCAAGUCCAAGCCAUUUUCCCACCAAAUGCUCUUACCAAGAAAAUUAGAGUUGGCCUUCAAGCACAACCAAUCAACAAUGAUUUAGUAUCAAGACUUCUAGGUAACCGUGUUGGUAUUUCACCGAUUGUCACUGUAGAACCGAGGAGAAGGAAAUUCCAUAAACCGAUUACACUUACAUUACCUGUCCCUACUGCAGCCAAUAAGGGCAUGAUCAACCAGUAUAGUGGCGAGGCUCCCACCCUUCGUUUAUUAUGCAGCAUUACAGGAGGCAAUGCGAAGGCUCAGUGGGAAGAUGUGACUGGUUCGACUCCAUUAACAUUUGUUAAAGAUUGCGUGUCCUUCACGACUACAGUAUCGGCCAGGUUUUGGCUUAUGGAUUGUCGUAAUGUUAGUAACGCCACUAACAUGGCUUCUCAACUUUAUAAUGAAGCUAGCCACGUCCCCUUUAUGGCCAAGUUUGUUGUUUAUGCUAAACGAGUCAGUUCAUUCGAAGCAAGGUUGAGGGUAUUUGUAAUGACUGAUGACAGGGAAGAUAAAACACUCGAACAUCAGGAACACUUUACGGAAGUGGCUAAAAGUCGAGAUGUUGAAGUUUUGGAAGGAAAGCCUAUAUAUCUAGAGUUUGCUGGAAAUUUGAUACCUGUUACGAAGUCAGGCGAGCAGCUUUCUGUCAAUUUCACAGCAUUCAAAGAGAACAGGCUACCUUUUACUGUCCGCCUGAGGGAUUCUGACGACAAACCUGUCGCAAGGCUUCUUUUUAUGUCGCAACCUAAAGUUGCUAGAGGUGAACCUUUACAAACCGCGGUGUGUACCCUCAAUAUAGUGUUACCGGAUAACAUUGUUAAAGAUGGAACACCAUACGGCAGUGAUCUGUAUUUAAGCGAGAGAUCUUAUUCCCUGCCUAGGAAUAUUCAACCUGUUUCUGAAAUGAACCUUAUGAUUUUAGUCUAUAAUACAGAAGAGACCAUGAUAAAAGGAAACAUGGUACUCGCUGACCUGUGCCAGGUACUGGGAGAUGAUUGGGAGCCGCUCGCCCUGCGGUUAGGGCUGAGCGAUCAAGACGUGAGUAUCAUCAAAGAAGAGGUUUACACUUCCCCUCAAAGGACCAGCCUUGCUUUGAAGUUAUGGAGAAACACCUUUGGUCCUCAAGCUACUGGAAAUAAACUUGAAAAAGCUUUGAGAGAAAUCGGCCGAGAGGAUGUAAUCGAAAGAUGUGUGAAGGAUAUGGAAGUAGUGACUGACGAUGUUGAGAAAGCAGUAGCUAACAUAACUCUAGACCAAUCUGGAGUAGACAAUCUCAGCUCCGAUCUGAAAGAUUUGUCUUUUAACGAUACUUUUCAUCAACACCAGGAAAGUGGCUAUUUAGAAGAUAUGAAUAAUUCAAGUUUGAUCAGCAUGAACAUUUCCGAAUUAGGAGAUAAAUAUGCUGCAGAAGAGAAAAGGCUAACUGGAGACUUUUUACUUCAUGAAACACAGCAAUAUAGUGACUCUGACACCAAUACAAAUGGUUGGGUCAGUAAUAAAAAACCAAAUGGUACUGUAAAUAAUGGAAAUGGAGAAAAUGGUGAAUGGCACCAUGAAAAGUCAGUAUGGAGGUCCCCAUCGCUUGAUGAAGUUCAUGAAAUCAAUAAUUUGGAAGAUAUCAAUCAGAAGCAAGUUUCAUAUCCUAGGAAAGGAAAUUGGGAGCAAGAAAAAGUUCUUUGGAGAUCACCCUCCCUGGAUGGAGUUCGAGAUGUUGUAGGGGGUGACAGUAGUGGAAGUGAAGACCGAAGGGCAAGAGGUAGUUCCAGCGGAUCUGAUGUAGCCCUCCAUGAAGGAAAUGACCUCUCUGAUUCCGACCAUGGUGAGAAACCACAGUAG